AUGUCCUUCUUCCGCAUAACCCUCCACCGCUCCGCCAUCGGUCUCCCCAAGCGCACCCACGGCGUUCUGGCCGCUUUGGGUUUACGCCGGCGCAACCAAACCGUCUUCCACCCCGUCGAGCCCCAAUUCGCCGGCAUGCUGAUGAAAGUCAAAGAACUCGUGCGCGUCGAGGAAGUUGCCCACCGCUUGACCAAGCGCGAGCUGAAGGAUGAGCGCAAGCCCGAGACCGGGUUUGUGGUUGAGAAGCAAGUGAGACGGUUUAUCCCGGGGGUGGGAGUACAGGACGAAGUGGAUUUUUCGAAGGUGGUUGAAGAACUGAAGGCGCAGAAGGUCGAGAAUGUCGAGGGUGUGGAAAAGAUAGUUGUGGAAGGUGGUGCGGUGGUGAGGGAUGGCAAGAGGGCCGGGGAUUUGGGUGUGAGGACGAGAAGUGAUUGGGAGGUUAUUGGCAAGAUGAAGAGUGUUUUGCCCAAGGUUAAGGCUCUUUAA